UACAAAUAUGUCGUUAGAAGAAGUUAGAAGAAAUUUGGAAUUUUGUGCUGGCAUACGUGCAGGUUUAUAAUUAAAUAUUUUAGAAACGAUACGAUAAAGAUUAUUGAAAUUUCUGUUACGCAUCAUUAGUUCGAUUAACUUUUGCAUCAUAUAUAUAUUACAGAUUUAUCUUAUAUCUGGUCAAACGCUCGGACUUCCUUAACAUGAAUCCGAUCUGUGUCACCACUUUACAACACAAUUUAUCACAAAUGUAUUAUCACAAAUGUGCGUACCGCUGAUAUAUAUAAUAUUUCGCUCUAUUUCGCGCUUCACGGUAAUAUUCGGUUGUGUUUCUUUUUUUCAGUUCGACGAGCAUUAUAGAACGGUGACGAUUUAAAACUUCGCAAAAGCGAAACACGAUAUCUCUGGAAUAAAAUACCGCCUGUCAAUUUCAUUAACACAUCGACGAUGGUAAUUCAGCGCUACGAGCGUUUCGCUUUUGUGUCCACUUGAAACCGAAGCAUCGGCAUUUCCGCGCAGUUUGCCAGUAACAUCCGCGAAGAAUCAAUUCGCUCGGUCCGAUUGGUCCAUUUAUAAUCGUUCCGAAGAUUUUCAUUUCGCAGUUAAUGGAAUGAUAUCUUUUAUGGGCGCGAUAUACUCGCGGCGCAGCGUAUGUGUGCAAGGUCAAGAUACACAUGUGAACAACAAGCGUGAUCGCGUAGUGUCGAAAUUUCCUUUUGCUUUUAGCGAUAAGCGUAUCGAUAUUUAAAGAGGGCGCGCAAUUGAUAUCUUUUCGAAGAUGCUUGCAUAACGUCUGUGUGUGUGUGUGUGUGUGCGCGCGUGUGUGUGUGUGGGUGUAAAAUUAAGAGACACACAAAUGUGCGUUUCCAUGUGACUUUGCAAGAUUAUCGAGCACGGGUAUUUUUCUUCUUCUUUCUCCUCAAACGGACACUCCAUGACCUCUCGCCCUUCCCAGCAUAGUAGGUACAGAAUCCCCGCUUUAAUUACGCGCGUUAAUCACAGCGAGAUAACGUAAUUUUUAUCAUUUUCACCUCAAUUUCGACCCCACUGCGAUCACGCUUGUUGUUCACAUGUGUAUCAUAUCGGCCGCACAAACGCAACUUCGUACGUCGCAAUAUCUCGGGGCGCAUUUUCAAAAGGCAUUAAUUCACCAUCGCGCGAUAACCAGAAGAAACAUUUGCGGCCUACUCGCGGGAUGAUUUCACACGAGGAAUGGAAACAACUCGCGUGCAAAAAGCGUGCUAUCUCUCCCGAUAGAUCAAUACACAUGAAAUGGAAUAUCUCGACGGAAAGUUCGCGGCGAUAUUUUUCCCUCUUCCUCCCUUCCCUCUUUCUCUUUCUCUUUAUCUCGGUGUUUCCGAAAGAAUGAAAGAUACCGAGCUCCCUUCACCCGCUGUGCGUGACAUUUUCCGACCGCGCGUCGUCGUGCUCGGAAGUUGGAGGAAAAACACCAAAACUGACAUAGGUGCGGUCAAGCGACAUACUUAUGUUGUAAACCAUGCCUGUCGUUUGAUUUUUCGUUUUCGUUGAGUCAUCCUCUUGCGAAAAUUCAAGUAACAAAUCAGCGGAAUACAACCGGCAGCGAGUGAUGCGCGCCCGCCGAGGAUGAUGUGUGCACGCCGACGAGCGCGAUUCACGAUCGAGUGAAUGCGGGAAGAAGAAUAAUCCGGAGUAUCCGCGUGUAUGAACCGACGCCGCUCUGAUUCUAACAUUAGACGCCGACGAGAGAGAGGAAGAGAGAGAGAGAGAGAGAGAUUGCUUGGCGAUAUGACACGUGUCUUGACAGAACGACGAUCUUCACGGACUAACGGUCAAGAAGCGGGGCGAGCAGUUCGAUCGAGGGAAAAACACACCCGUGAUAUCGUAAAUCAAUCCGGAUAAUAGACAACAACGCGGGGGAGGAGAUUUGCGGAUGGCAGAGCAGCCUAAAAUUGUCCCGGGCAAGCGCGCGCUUAUCGCGUGACGACGACGACGAUGACGACGCACGUGUCGAAUCGUCAGAUGGAAAAAGCAUAAAUCACUCGACGAUUAAACCGAAACGCCCCUUAUGCGCUGCCGCUGACAUUCAUUGAUCGAUAUAUCGCUGUAUAUACAUACAUAAAUAAUAUAUACACACACAUAUAUAUAUAUAUAUAUAUAUGCUCAAUAUAUAUGUAUAUAUAUAUAUACACAUAUACGCUAUCGGAACGGCUACGGUGUUCCGCAGUCAACGAUCCAGAAGUCUUCCAGGUCCGCGCGACGACCGGCAUCGACGGCGCCUCGUAGCCGCCGCGCUGGAGAGAGAUCGUCGUCCGCGAAAACACGCUCGCCGGAAACGCUCAUCGUCGCGAAAUUCAUGGACCACGCGAGAAACAUAUCACGACCACGUGGAAGAGAAAUAACCACGCGCUCAAACGGCCGUUAAGACAACCAGAAACGAUAACAGGAUCUUCGCCGGGGCGUGCGUCUCCCUCUAGAUAGACAAUCAUCCGGCCGAAAGGGAGAAUCGCUUUCACCGCCGCCGGUGAACCUCGCACGGCUCGCCUCUCUCGUCGACGGGCUGAUUCCCUGUAAAUACUGCGCGUUCGAUGCGUCUGUUCGGAUUCGCGGCCCCGAGUGCGCGACGAACGAGACGGUGUCCGCGGGAGGACGUGAGAGCGGUGUGAGAGCCGAUCGGAAAACAAAAAGAGAGAGAGAGAGAGAGACCGGAAAUCACCAAAACGCGAAACGAUGGAACACCGAAGGACCAAGACUGCUCAAUUCCCCUGUUGGGGGAUGUGACAUCGGCGAGAAUACAACAUAAGGAUACAAAUAAAUUACAGUUAAUGUUAAUCGCACGCACAUUGGAUCGUCCAGGGCGAGUGCGACAGAUGCGCGAGUCGAUAUCGACGGUACACGGUCGUAAUAUGAUAUCGAAGAUCUGAUAAUACGUUAUCACGAUAACGUUAUCACGAUAACGUAAUAAUAAUAAUAAUGCGCCGGACAUAAUGUACAUUCUGCUGGUUCAGUUCAAUCUGACACGUACAAAAGCGCCGGACCUACGUAACCGCUCUGUUAUGCGUGAAAAUCACUUUCACGAGGAGGCGGUGUUUCGCGGCGGCAAAAAGGCCCUGAACGAUGAGCGUGGAUUUACCGCGACGUUAAUCAAGAUACAAAAAGGAGGCCUACGACUGCGGAGAUGGCUAAUUGGGCUGUUGAUUUUUCUACUCAUGUCACUUGUCGUUAUCAACAGUUACAACACCGGCCAAUUUCGCAUCGUCCGAUUCGGUGCGAUGGCCCAGAGCAAAGAGAAUUCCCACGAGGAUUACGUACAGCUAAAGCCGAUCUACCCUUCGCCGAUCGGCAAUGGCGGCUUCUUGGUGCGCAACAAGGGUUGCCGGAUACCCGCGAUGGAUCCCUUCGAUCCCGCCAUCAAGCGUUUCAUCACCAAGGAAGAGCCACUCGUGUGCGAUCACGGCAAUUUGCCGCUGAUCGACUCGAAUAACACCGCGUUGUUCGUCAAUCCGUUAGCGUGGAACGAAUUUUACAACAAGUCGAAGGGCAUAAGCUGUUGCUGGCGAUCUUUUUGGCGCACGAAGGACCAAGACAACGCUGUCACAUACGACAAGGAGUGCCAUCCCUUCAAAGACUCCUGCACCGUGAGCGCCGAGUUCGUGAAGGUCGAGUGUUCCCGCAACAGCAAAAUGAUAUACAAGGACUACUUCGCUUUCCUGCCACGCAAGCCCUCGGUGGAGGACAGAUGCAAGCAGACGUUCAACAAAAUGGACACGGAGAACGAUCGGCUGAGCAUCCUCGUGAUCGGGCUCGACUCGGUCUCCCGGCUGAACUUCCACAGGAUGAUGCCGAUGACGGUGAAGGCGCUCCAGUCCCUCGGCGCGGUGGAGAUGCUGGGCUACACGAAGGUCGCGGACAACACGUACCCGAACCUCGUGCCGGUGCUGUCCGGGUUGAGCGCGGGGGAGCUGCUCAACCUGUGCUGGCAGAAGCCCGAAAAGACCUUCGACGACUGUCCGCUCCUAUGGAAGAAGUACAGCGCGGCCGGUUACCGCACGAUAUUCGCCGAGGACGCUUGCAGCAUGACGACCUUCAACUACCUGAAACCGGGCUUCCGCGAGCCCCCGACCGACUACUACCUGCGGCCGUAUUGCAUCGGCGCCGAGCACGACAUCGGCAAUUCCAACAAGCUGAACGCCAAUCUCUGCCUCGGCGCCAGGAAGAACUUCGACUGCCUGCUGCAGUACGCCCGCAAGGCCGCCGUCGAGUUCGCCACGGAGCCGUACUUCGCCUUCAUCUGGCAGGCGAGUCUCACCCACGACUACUUCACGUAUCCGCAGCUGGGUGACAGCUCGUACCGCGACUUCGUCGAGCACGUGUCGCAGCAGGGCCUGCUGAACCGCACGGUCCUCGUGAUGAUGAGCGACCAUGGGAUGCGGUGGGGCGAGUUCCGGCAGACGUACCAGGGCAAGACCGAGGACCGGUUGCCCUUCGUCUUCAUCGUGCUGCCCAAGUGGUGGCGGGAGAAGUACCCGUUGGCCUGGGGCAAUCUCCGGAGGAACAGCCGCAGCCUCACCACGCCCUUCGACCUUCACGAGACCCUCACGGACUUUGUGAACCCGCACGUGGUGCACGAGACUUUCCUGAAGAAGCGCAUUAAGAUCCAGGCGGCUUCGCCGGUGCCGCGCGGCAUCAGCUGGUUCUUACCGGUGCCGGAGCAUCGUACCUGCGAAAUGGCGCAGAUUUCGAGUCACUGGUGCAUGUGCCACUCCAGCAGCAACAUCUCUCUGAACGACACCGGCCUCCAGGACAGCGUGGCCUUCCUCGUCGGCGAGCUGAACGGCAUGCUGAGCAAGUACCCGCCGUGCGCGAUUUUGAAUCUGAAGGACAUCAAGGACGCGAAGCUGUGGCUCGACAAGUCAAACGGCACCACGUUGAUGGAUUACACGGUGACCAUACAGACCACCCCGGGCGACGCGGUCUUCGAGGGCUCGAUACGCUACAGGACCGAGGACAACAGUCGCAAAUUGGUCGGAUCGAUCAGCAGGCUAAACGCUUAUGGCAAACAGAGUGCCUGCGUGGACGAGUUCAACAUGCGCCUCUAUUGCUACUGCCUUUAGGCACGACAUAUCUCAUGAGUGAUUAGACUGAUCACCUUUUGUAUAUGAUAAUAAUUUAAGUACAUAUCCCCGACGAAAGGGAGAGAGAGAGAGAGAGAGAGAGAGAAUCCGCGGGUGCGGAGAUUUAAGGAGUGAGAGGGCGAGAUAGCCACAUUGUACAGCGUUUUUCUUCACUCAAUUAUUGUAAUAAUUUAUUAUAAAAUUAUUAUAACAAUUUAUUGUUAUAGUUAAUUGUUAUAGUAAUUUUAUUGAAUUAUUUUACAAAUCAUCUCGCAAUUUCGCGAAGGUGUCGCCGCUCUCCUGCGCAACGGCAAUAUUUUUGCAGUUGCGCUGCGACGUAACAACGUCGGGAAUCACGCGAAGAGAAUUUCGAACACACAGAAAAACAUAUGCCGCAUUCAAAUAAACGUUAUACUUGUUUCAAGUAUUUUAUAAGUAUAUAUAUCCAUGAGUAUAUUAUAAAUUCAUCAUAAGCAUCCAAUUUAUUUGAAAUAUAUUCUGAAAAUAUAUUCUGGAAAAUGUAGCACUUCAAGAAUAUUGAAUCAAAAACUAAACUGAAAUUAAACUUCGGUUUACUUAUUCAAAUUAACCGAAUUUAACUUUUCAUCAAUAAAGUUUAUGAUAUUCUAGAAAACAGAACAAAUUCUUCUUUCGAGCAAAUGAUAAUGAGCGUUUCGAAUAUUAGUAUAAUGAGUAUAUUUUAAUACUGUUAUGAAGAAAAAAUAUUCUUUGUUCAAGAUAACCAUUACUUAAAAGAAGAAAAAUAAAUUAAGUAAUCGCUUUUUCGUCGCGGUUCUAUUGUUCUUUUUCGCGGUGUAGAGUCAUAAAGAUCAAAGAUUACGUUUCAAAGAUAUUAUGUUUGUGAGCUUUCGUUAUAUCGCGAACGCCCCUUCGCACACACACACACACACACGCGCGCCCCUUCACACGCGCACACUCGUAUCUUCCCGCACAUAUAGUUCGUCGAUUGAUUUUAAUCGUGCGAUGAUAGAGAUCUCUCCGCGAACGCCGCAUGCAUUUAUUCGACGCGACGACACUUGCGUUUCAUUCGGGUAUAAUUUAUUACAUCGAGAUAACGACUGAUACUAUUAACGUGCAGGCUGCUGUCUCAUACAUCGAUUCUUAAGAGUGUCGGUGAAUUUUCAAUAUCUGUAUAAACCGAUGUGUAAACGAUAUAUUAUAUCGGCGAUCGAUCUAGUGACCAAAAGC